AUGUUCCGGGCCCACACAGCCAUCAGCACCAGUGGGAGCGUCAAGUUGAUGGUCCGACCGCAUGCGUUUUCCACCUUGCUUGAGGGCCAGUUGAUUCACAGCAAAGUCUUCCAUGGCUUCCAUGGCCAUCAUCACAGGCAGCUGGAGCUCCAUGCAACAAACGAUGUGGAUCCUGCGAUAUCAGGACUGCGCAGCAAGAUGUGGUACGAGUUCGCACGGAAGAAGAGUUGGAGCAAAGCAAUAAGGAUCCUGAGCGCCUUGAGUGAAGCCCCAUUGGAUGCAAAUGGCCACUUCAAAGAUUAUGACUUUGUUUCUGGAUUGGUGCGUUUCCUUCCAAUUCUGGUGGGAACCUGUGCCCAGGUGAGCCAAUGGCUACCAGCUCUAGCCAUGACAAAGGGCUUCUUGUCGAAGGCGUCCAGAGAAUCCCUUGAUCUUCUGCCAUCCAUCCAGGGCAUCGUAAAGGCUUUGGCCGCAGAGAACUUGGCGCGACCAGCGCUGUCCCUGCUUCCAGAAGUCCUAGCAGAUCCGCAAGAUCCAACAGAAUCGGCGAAUGCUCCCAGGACCUUGGCAAUGCUAAUGGAGGCCUCAUUUCAAUGCAAUGAUUGGAUGGUUGCCGUGUGCACCCUGGAAUUGUUGCAUGUGUCUCGCUGUGGACCCCAUGACUUGGACCGGGCCACGGCCAAGUGCGUGGCAUCCUGUCCUGCCUGGCCGCUGGCCCUGACGCUGCGACGCUCCAUGGGCGUCCGGAGCUACUCCAGCUUUGCCAAGCUUUGUGGCUCUGGAGCUUGGCCCAUUGCCUUACAGUUAGCCCAAGACGGUGCCCGAGGGCAGCGCCUGUCUCAAUCUUCGAUCCUGCUGGAUAGUCUUCUGACAGCUCAGGUGAAGGAGCAGCGGUGGCAGGACUCUUUCGAUUUCUUCAAAGGGCUUGGAAGUCAGAAGGGGCAGGGGCAACAAGAUGGAACCAGUCAGAUCCAACAGGGGUCCAGCUCAACGUUGACUACAGAACUACCUGUUGAUGAAGUGAGGGAUGGUUGGGAAGUCAUGAAAGAGGACCCAAGAGUCGAAGUAAAAAGCCACUGGAUUCGAAGGCCAACUCGACCGUCCUUUGACGCUUUGAUUCGGAGCUGCUGCGAUGGUUUUCGCGAUGACGUUGGUUGGCUUGAAUCCUUUCGACUGCUCGAAACUCUCAAAGCAAACUUCGGGAGCUUCCAGCUCUACGACGCCUACACUCUCUGUGAAGUUCUGCGGGCUUGCGUAUCUGGCGCCCAAUGGCAACGAUCACUGAAAUUCCUGGAUCUCUUGGGACCUGAGAGGCAUCCAGAUACUCGAUCCCUCAGCUACAUCCUGGCCAUCCGAGCUUGUUCUAUGCCUCGGCACUGGCUCGCAGUUCUGUCCCUCUUGGCGUGCUGCAGAAAUCAACGGGUGAGGCCACACAUCGGGAUGUAUGAUGCCGCCAUCUUCAGCUGCAAAGGUACUUGGGAACAUCCGUGGAGCCAAUGGAGGACAGCUUUACGCAUUUUGGAAGAAGCGCACAUGAAGCAUCUCCGCUGUAAUCCAUUUAUGUUGCAAGGAACGUUGCGGGCCUGUCAAUCGAACCACGAAUGGCGCCCCUCUAUGGCCCUGCUGCGGGCAUGCCUCGGCAAUUCGAUCGAAGCACAUGAGAAUCAGUAUGCAGCAGCUCUAGGUGUUUGCGCCAAAGCCAUUCAGUGGAGCUGGGGGCUGCAGCUGGUACGAGAUGACAUGCAGAGACUUUAUCUGAAGAUUAGCAACACAGCCUUGAAGCCUUGCAUUGACAUCUUUCAGGAAUCUGGUUCGUGGCAGGAAGCAACAACUUUGCUGCGCAGAGUGCAGGAAUGGAUAUCGGGAACCAUCAACCUCAGGCGCAGUCGCAGCGACUGUCGGAUGCCUCCCGUCCGCACCAAAUGGUGGAUCCUAGGUUCUGUGCUGGGCAUGGUAGUGACAGGCCCGUUGGGUGCCAUGGUAGGGGCUGGUUUGGCAGUUGCAGCCACUCAGCCGAACGCAACCAUGUUCCCACUUCUACAGCGUGGGCGCCACACCAUAGCGAACGUCAGCUUGCCACGCGAUGGAAUGACUAAGCAGCAGGGAGUCACCUACUUUGCUGUCGAUGUGGUGGAUACCAAUGGCUUUACUUGGAGGCUAUUGCGAAGAUACAGCCACUUCAGCCGUUUCCAAGCCUUGAUGAAUAAUUAUGAAAUUCGCUGCGUGUUUCCUGGGAAGACAUUCUUCAGCUGUAGCGGAAAUGAACUUGAGCAGCGACGUUUGGGGCUGGAGGCAUGGACAAGGGACAUGCUUCGAGUCUUCUCCAGCACUGGCAUUCCAAAUCGUCUGCAGGCCGAGUUUGAGGAUUUCUUCACCCGCGGCCGUAGCGAAGCUCGUCCUCCAGCACCACCUUUGCCGCCAGCAGCACCAGCACCGGCACCGCCUGCGCCACCGGCGCUGGGCCAAGCGUUUGCGGUGGAAGUGCCAGGAGGCGUCCAUGCUGGCCAGCAGCUGAUGGUGAAGAACCCCAUGGAUGGUUCCAACUUUUUGAUCACAGUGCCUUUGGGCACGGGCCCAGGAUCCAUCUUGCAGGUUUCGCCCCCCGCGGACGCAUCCGGCUUGGGAAUGGCGGUACCAAGCUCCAGCUCAGUCCAAGCACCAGCUGCAGGCGCAGAGCAGAAGAUCCUGUUGAGCAUCUCCAUUCCUCCAGGAGUUUCAGCGGGACAGACUCUGGGUGUCAAAGUGCCAGAUGGACGCGAGCUCACAGUGGUCGUGCCACCAGGACUGGGACAACAGGAAGUGCAAUUGGAAUACGACACAGUUUCAGGGAGCCUUGAUGUGGUCACCUCACAGCCAUCAGCCCCAGCGGCCCCAUCGGCGCCGCCAGCGCCAGCGGUGAACACUUCAACUUUCGAAUUCCUCGGGGCGUUGUGCCGGGACAGAUCGUGAAGAUCCAGGUGCCAGAUGGACGUUACUUGCCCUUGCUCAUUCCAAACUACAAAUUUGCCGGAGAUGACAUCCUGCUUCGUCUGGAUUCAGCUGGCUCCAAGCUUGUGAUUGUAGCAUAGCUGGUCAGGAGGUGCCUUGGGCCACAUCUCUGGUCUGUUACUGAAGGAUACUGAAGGUUUCAUCGGUUAAUGCGUUGUUUCGCCGCACCACAUGCGGGGACUUCAUUGGUGGUCCUUUCUGGGUGUGGCCGCGGUGCGGACGGACCCAAUGGAACCAUUGGAAGUACAGGAAGCCGUAGCCGCCCUUUUGCAUCUUUUUGCUGAGAGUUGAAACUC